CCUCCCUCUUGUCUUUCCCCCACCGCACCCCCCAGCCCUCACACGCAGCCCAGCCCACCCGCCUGCGAAAUGGGGCUGAAGGGGGAGGAGGAGGGCGCGGAAGGGGGAGCAGGACCCACUUGGCUUCCCUAAGCGACCAGUGGCUUUGAGGAGCCCUAGCCGGUGGCAGAUCUAUCAGUCUUGGCUGUGCCCUUGCUGCUCUCUUUAGCUUCUUGCUUCAAGAUUGUGGCUGCUCCUGAUCCUUCUCAGACCCUCAUCUCUUGCCUUGCUCCUGCUGCUGCUGUGGUUGCUGAUCCUGCUUCUGGAGGCUUGGGCUUUAGACCCUCUUCCCAGCUCUUGCCUGCCCUGUUGCUGCCCUGGCAAAACUCGGGCUUCUCAGUGGGGCGACAUUACAGCCGCGGGCCCCCAAACUGAUCGGCAUUACCGUGGUGCCGGCACUGCUGCCGCUGCUGAAGAAAGGAUGGAUUACUAAGGGACAACCUCACGCUGUUUGAAGAAAGAUAAAGUUGAAAUUGCUUCACUGAAAACCUUUAUUGAAGUCUUACUCCUGCUCAGGCUUAGCUAUCCCUUGCCUGCAUAUGACUUACAGAAUUUUUCUCUUCUAAAAUGGAUUCCAGUAAAAAGAUGGAUCCCCCUACUCCAUUGCAAACUGUACAACAAAAGGCAAAUCCCGAUCGUGGUGCUGGAGUAUCGAUUUAUGUCCCAGAACAAGGGGGAUACAAGGAAAAAUUUGUGAAGCCUGUGGAAGACAAAUAUAAGUGUGAAAAGUGUCACCUCAUUUUAUGUAACCCUAAGCAGACAGAAUGUGGUCACCGAUUCUGUGAAACCUGCAUGCAUGUCUUGUUGAGUGCUCCAAGUCCAAAGUGUACAGCAUGUCAAGAAAACAUCAUUAAAGAUAAGGUAUUUAAGGAUAAUUGCUGUAAGAGAGAAAUUCUGGCCCUUCAAAUAUAUUGUAGAAAUGAAAGCAGAGGAUGCACAGAACAAUUAACCCUGGGACAUUUGCUGGUACAUUUAAAAAGUGAUUGCCAGUUUGAAGAACUGCCAUGUGUUCGUGCUGACUGCAAAGAAAAAAUCCUGCGAAAAGAUUUACCAGGCCACGUAGAAAAGUCAUGUAAAUACCGAGAAGCGACAUGUCAGUACUGUAAAAGUCAAGUUCCCAUGAUAACGCUGCAGAAACAUGAAGAUACAGACUGUCCAUGUGUUGUUGUCUCAUGCCCACAUAAAUGUAGUGUUCAGACACUUUUGAGGAGUGAGUUGAAUGCACAUUUGUCAGAAUGUAUUAAUGCCCCAAGUACCUGUAGUUUUAAGCGUUAUGGCUGCACUUUUCAGGGAACAAAUCAGCAAAUUAAGACCCAUGAGGCCAGCUCAGCAGUGCAACAUGUUAAUUUACUGAAAGAAUGGAGUAAUUCUCUAGAGAAAAAGGUUUCCUUGUUACAGAAUGAAAGUGUAGAAAAAAACAAGAGUAUACAAAGUUUACACAAUCAGAUAUGUAGCUUUGAAAUAGAAAUUGAAAGACAAAAAGAAAUGCUCCGGAAUAAUGAAUCCAAAAUACUUCAUUUACAGCGAGUGAUCGAUAGUCAGGCAGAGAAACUGAAAGAACUGGAUAAAGAGAUCCGUCCCUUCCGACAAAACUGGGAGGAGGCUGACAGCAUGAAAAGCAGUGUGGAAUCCCUCCAGAACCGAGUCACGGAGCUGGAGAGCGUGGACAAGACUGCAGGACAAGCAGCACGGAAUACAGGCUUGCUUGAGACACAAUUAAGCAGACAUGACCAGAUGCUAAGUGUUCAUGAUAUUCGACUGGCUGACAUGGACCUCCGAUUCCAAGUGCUAGAAACCGCCAGCUACAAUGGGGUGUUAAUCUGGAAAAUUCGAGAUUAUAAACGAAGGAAGCAGGAAGCUGUCAUGGGGAAGACCUUGUCACUGUACAGCCAGCCUUUCUAUACGGGCUACUUCGGCUAUAAGAUGUGUGCUAGAGUUUACCUUAAUGGGGAUGGGAUGGGAAAAGGAACUCACUUGUCUUUGUUUUUUGUCAUAAUGCGUGGAGAAUAUGACGCUUUGCUUCCUUGGCCCUUUAAGCAAAAAGUGACUCUCAUGCUAAUGGAUCAGGGAUCUUCUCGACGUCAUUUAGGAGAUGCUUUCAAACCUGACCCAAACAGCAGUAGUUUCAAGAAGCCUACCGGAGAGAUGAACAUUGCAUCUGGUUGCCCUGUCUUUGUGGCCCAAACUGUUCUAGAAAAUGGGACGUAUAUUAAAGAUGAUACUAUUUUUAUUAAAGUCAUAGUGGAUACGUCGGAUCUGCCAGACCCCUGACAAGUGGAUGGGGAAAUGGAUUUAAGCAACAGGUAACCCCACUUAGGGGUUUUGAACCAGUCUGUCUUCAAUGAGGUCCUAAGCUCAGAAGAGGACCUUGUGGAACAGAAGGAAGAGUCUGAAGGCAUAAUUGCAUAGGGUCCAAUGGUGAAGUAGCAACACAUUAAGAAAUCAUACCUUGGUAUAUUUUCUAAUAGAACUAGCAACACUUCAACUCUGAAGAAUUAUUUAUCCUUCGUUGGGAUAAAUAUUACUAUCAGAGGGUUUUAAUUUUUAUUUUUAAAGAUCUAGUUAAUUGAGGUAGAAAGACAUAUAUGCUAAGCAAAAAAACAAACAAACAAACAAAACAGAUAUGAUUUUUCUUCCUUAAACUAGAACACCAAAAAAUUCACAUGUGGGGAUAGCUGGAUAUGUCAGCAUGUUAAGUAAAAGAAGAAAUGAUGAAAUCAUAAUGCAGUUCUGAUAUAUUCGUUCAAAAAAAAAAAGCAAAGUGCAAUCUUGUUUCAAAUACAAUAUAUUGUCUAUUUUUAAGGCCUCACCUGGUCUCUGUUUUAAUAAUUUGUUUGUCAGAAGACCCUGAAGUACUCAGUCUCUAAAUUCAGAAUCAUUUUUUUGAUUUAAAGUUUUAUUGAUAAUUAUUAACACAAACAUCUUAUUUUAAAAUGCUGAUAGACUGAUAUUUCUCGGAAGAAAAUGUAAAAUUUCAAACACUGGUUAUCACUUGUGAUAGGAAAGAAAAUACUCAAUCUGUUGUUAUUUCUCGUUAGAAAUGUAAACCUACAAUAUAUGUCGUAGUUAAUGACACUACUUCAAAAUUAUUAAGAAAGAAAAAUUGCUCAUGGAUGCCGUGCAUCAUUCUCAGAUUUAUAAUUGUUUUCACCCUAAAAUAGGGCAUUUGUUGAACUCUGAAGUUCUAAACAAAAAUCCUGUAGGUUUUUAAAGCUCUGCCCCAUGUGUUCAAAUGAUCUCUCUAUUGCUAAUGACACAAAUAUUAAAUCUCCAAGAUGCUUGGUGUUCUGGGGGCUGGGAAAGGCAAUUCAUGCAGAAAGUGGUCACUUUAGAUACGUUUAUUCAUUCUGUCACAAUGGCUGCAUUUUGUUAAAGAUCUCAGAAAGUGAAGUCUUUACAUUGAGAUGGUGGCAUAAUGUACAUGUGCCUUAGAUGUGACAUGCUGCUUCUAUACCAUAGAUUUGUACUCAGUUAAAUUAGAGAAAAAUGAUAGCUUAACCAGACUUUUCUGUUGUCACCUGUGGACUUUACCCACGUGAGGGCCCCUGAAUGAUUUCCUGUACGUGCUGACAAGAAGCCAAACUGUCCUUUUGGCCUCUGGAGCUUCCAUUGCUUGAUUGCUGUGGAUUCUAAAUUGUCAGGCCCCAGCAGUUUUCCCACACUGCUCCUGUGGAACCUGAACGUAGGGCUUUGAUCCCAUCCCCAAGGCUAAUGUGGAAUGGAGCACUGUAUCCUCUUUCAUGCCCCUGCGUGGUAGAGGAGAGCACAGAUGCCUAAAUGGACUCCUCUGGGCUUUCUCAAAAUGUAAAUUGCAUCUCCCCUUAGGGAUGACUUGUUGAGGAGACUCACAGACCUCCCUGCCAUCCAUCUCUUUUCUAGGGAAAUGCUGUAUAGGCUUCUAUGGGCACAGCCUAAGCUUUCCCAGAAGGCUUUUUCUCAAACCCUGUUUACCUUCUUCUCUUAAUGGUCUGACUGUGAUUAGGAGUCUGAUGACCUAUCUCCUGUCUUUUACCUUUUACUAUGCACCAUGUUCUAUGGGUGCUUCUUAACAUCGAUGGGUGCUAAACCUUGAUGGGUGCUUCUUAGGCAAAACCAAUGUGUAUGAACUACCGCAUCUGUGCCACGUUCAAGAGAAAUUUGCACCCCCACCAUUGGCCAGUUGGGUGGUGCUCCUCAGACUGCCUGCCUCUUGGGCUAUUUCUAUAAUCUGUAGCAUGGGGACAGUUGGAUUCAUGCCUCUGUAGUUCACCUUGUCUCUGGUGCUAUUGUCUGUCAUGGGUGUGCCUUCACAUACAGUGCCUGCAGGAAGGACUUUCCACUUACAAACAGUAAUUCAACACCUACCAUAAGUAUUCAAUGCAUACCAUAAGUGGUCUUCAUUGGUUUUCCAAGCACCUGCUCCAGUAUAACCUAUUGUUUAAGUAGCACAAACACUCCAUUUAUUGUUUCUUGACUUCCUUUUCCUUUUAUUCAUCACCAGGAUAUUCCUUUUGGGGGUGGGGUGGGGUGGGGGACACAAGUAAGUGCCAUCACCAUCACGUAAGACCUAUUUUGAGUCAUAUGUUUCUGUCACUACUCAUUGAGGAAGGACUUCCUGCAGAAGAUCUGACAGCUGCAGUAUUUUACAGGCUGCCCACCUAAAACCACUGUUACCUCGAAGGUAUGCCCUGGGUGUGCCCCGGGUCUUGUUCAGAUGUGUGUGUUCUCCUAAGAGGCUUUUGGAUACAGGCAGCCUGGCAGUUCUCAUAGUGGGCCUGGGGUCUCUUUACUGAGGCCAUGGUCACUGAUAGGGACUGCUCCCAAGGACUUUUUUUUUUUCCAACACAGAAAACCACAUAUGAUUGUCUGAAAUUUUAAAAGAAAUUCAAAAACAUUUGUGGCCUUGCAAAGAAAUCCCCUCCCUAGAUUGAAUCCUGGUUUGAGCUGGGGAUUACCUCGAAGCAUUACGUGGAAGCAUCCAUUCCCUUUAUGGUAGGACUUCUCCAGAUAGACUUCCCAGACUAAGAUUAUUGGUUGAAUAAGGUAGAAAUUUUUUCCCUUGGCUUUCCAACAUAUGAAGCCCAUAGUAUUUAAUUUCAGUAAAACUGUGAAAUCUCAUCUAGAGCAAGGAGGUGCUGUUAUGUCUUAUGACUUAUAGUCUUUCAGUAAUUAGGUUAAUAUUUAUUGGAACUAUUUUUUUCAAUAUACCUUUUGGAUUUUCUCUCUCUCAAACACACCAAACUUGUCAGAAAGCAUUUGAGUCUCUUACAUACUCUAUAGUAUUUUCAGUUUUGCCACCAAUAGUUGGCGUAACUAGAAUCUCUUCAAAAAUAUUAUUUUUCUGUUUGUACUAGUGUUCCUGAAUAGCCAGAUGCUGUUCAUUCCUAUGAGGCAAUGGUCUGCACUAGUAUAGUGGGAGAACUAAAUCCCUCAACAUUUUCAAAAGGCCUCAGGCUACUAGGAGUUGAAUGUUUCUAUGUGUUAGAUGCCUCUGUGUGCGUGUGCACCUUCUUUACUAUUACAGAGUGACAAAUUUCCAACAUAACAAAACUGCUCCAGUAAUUAAAAACAAAGUUAAAUAUUUGUGCAUGAAUUGAUCUACUUAAUUUCUCUGAUAAAUUUCAUAAUGGAAAUAAGAACUUUUUCCUGACUCGAUAACCACUUUUGCAGUUUCUCCCUCCCAUCUCUCUCUCUCUCUCUCUCGCUCUCUCUUUCUCUGUGUGUGUGUGUGUGUAUAUAUAUAUACAUAUAUAUAUACACACACACACACACACAUCUUUCUCUCAAUAUAAAACUAUGUUUAUUCAUGCAGUUGACAGUUAUGAGGCAAGGAACAUCUGUGUUUUGGAAACAUGCUGGAAAAUCACUCACUGUGGACGAUUUCACAUGACCUGUCCCUCAUUUGAUAGGAAUUCAACCAUCAUUAAAUCCUGUCAUUGCUGGCAUGGCUUUUCAUACUUAGUGGACUGGGACUUUUGUAUGUAUUGUUGGACCACUCUUCCAUACAGCAGGUCUUGUUACCUAAUUUGUGUGUGUAACAGAGAAACAGAAAAUGUAUCUAAUAUGUAGUGAUGCAACUGCAAUGCCUACUAUUCACCUGUAACUUGUGAAGAUUUACAACCCCAUGAAGAUCCAAACCAGGUUCUCUUCUUGCCAUACUAGAAGGCAAGUUUGGAAGGUAGAACUUUUGCCUGGGAUGUGACUGAAAAGUCUUUCAAACAAGACAUGGAAGAGCUUUGUAUCCUUUAGGGUUUAAAGUGUUGAAUAAUAUGAAUGUUGGGGUGUCAUUUUAUUUAGUCAUCAGCUGGGAAGUCGUACUGUCAAUGACCAUAGUUUGAGACAUCUUGUAAGGCUAAAAACCAGUUUCUGGGCUGGAUACAAUGAGAUCACAUUAGUCCUUUUUCAUUUAAAAAAAAAUUCCCAUGUUCAUGUAUAUGACUGAUAGAGACUAAAAUAAAUUCAUAUAAAUUAAAUAAUUGGGUUAAAGGUGUCAAAUAAAAAAGUGACAGUGCUCUCCCAGAUGUUGAGAUUCAAUGGCACUCUCAUAGUUUUAAUGCCUUGAUAAAUGUUAACUAUGCAAGCAAAGUAGGCCAAGAAGAGGUCUUGUAUUUUAAUGGCUAAUGUUCAUAACCUCGGUCUAGUUAGUAGUCCGUCCACAGGAUAGAUGCCCUGUGAUUGAUUCUUCUUCAGAAACAUGGAGUGUAGAAAUCUGAGACUAUAAAAAACACCUCUCUGAGGCCCAUGUCUCCAUAUACCAAAUCAACCAGAUGAAAAGUAAGUCAGUCAAACAGAUGAGUUAUGUAGGAACUAUUUUUGAUUGUCAUGUAUAGUGGAGUGGAAGUAAUGCUGGACCAGAAGUGAAAAGACCUGGAUCUAUCUGCCCCUUGCUGGCUGUGAGACUGGCAAAGCUCUUCCUCUCUAUACUAUGGUUUCCUCAUCUGUCAAAUGAGGAAGGCUAGAUGAUCCCUGUGGUCUCUUCUAGCCCUGAUAUUCUGUGAUUUUACUAAGCUGAUUUGGAUGUUUCUGUCAUUAACACCACUACCAAACUGACCAGUUUUUUAACUGAAUUGGCCAAAUCAUCUCAUGAUUUCGACAUUGUGCAAACACAAGCCAAGUGAAUAUCCUUGGAGAGAUAUGGGCAUCUCAUAAUGAUGUCAAGGAAACCAUUAGGCAGUACCUACUUUUGGCCUUUCACUGUCCAUAUAGGAAAACCUAGGAAGGGAAAAAACCCUGAUCUGCCUUGUUUCUAAUCUCUAAGGCUUCUCCCCAGUCUGAGUCGCAGAGUGGUGGCCAGUUAUUGGGGUUACCACUCAUAGAGCUCAGUGAGAGGGGAAAAAGCUGUAAGAGCGAUAAACCACACACUGACACUUUGGUCCACUUCUUCUUCUUCCUGAAAGAGUACUGAAGACAGCCAACCUAACUGCACUGAGACAAGUUCAAAACAGUGAGACUGACGACUAUAUCCUUUAACAGGCAAGACGUACAUAUUAGAGGAGCCCUGGCUUCUCACCCCCCAUUUUCCCUUAGCAUACAAGGAAGUGAAACUGAAUAGUGAACCACAAGGAAUACUGCGCAUGAUUCCUUCUGGUUGUGGUUCCUGACUUACCUGAGGUAGAAUUCCCUGGCAGAGUGAUUCAGCCACACAGGUGGCUCAUUAAGUCAGUGGAAGCAAGAAUUAAGAGCAUUUUCAAUUCUGACACUGGGGCUUUUAAAUUGAACUCUUGCCUGUUUAAAAUAACGUCUCAUUGCUUGGAUAACAUCUGUACUUCAAAGGACCUGUGAUUUCAUCAGUGUGGGUGCUCCUACUACCAAGGCAGAUCAGAACCCUUCCAGCUAGCAAUGCUGUUUCAUGAGUUGCUGUGGCUGGGGAGAAAAAAAAAAAUGAAAAAAAAAAAAUCCUCCCCACUUGGUAGUCAGUCUUCUGAUGAUGAAGCUCUCUGAACUUAACCAGUCUGGUCUUCAAAUGACAGACACACGGUCUCAUACUCACAGUCUGUUCUCUAAGCCUUUCCAGUUUGGUUUUUCCUACCAGAGUUUGGCAUUUGGCAUAACUUUUGAGAACUCAGAGUGACCUCCAUGUCACAAUAAGGCAUCAGGAUGGGGCUCUAAUGGAGGGAGGUGAAACAUUAAAAUGUUGAAAAGGGCUGAACUAUAGCUGUAAAACAAUAUUUUUUAACAUGUAGUGCAGAUCUUUUAGUCCUUAGAUUAUCAGGAAGAGGAAAAUUCAGGGAACUCACUUAAAACGUGUAGCAGUUAUGAGAUGAAUGUGGGAUCUGUUCUCCAAAUCUCUUAUUUCUUGACCCAUGAUUGUAGUUUUUGUCUUCCAUUUCAAAAGCUAUAACAUCUUGCAUGCGGUUUUCUCCAGAGUAGGGUUAAUUUGUUAGGGUUUAAGCCAGGUGAAUUUCAGUUGAGAGUUUGAUCUUUGGAAAUACUGAAUAGGUUGGCUAUCUCACUAUUGUUGGUUAUGAUGGCAACAUUUAUCUCUAGUAAUUUAUUAAGCACCUAUGCCGUGCAAGAGACUGUGCUAGAUGUUAGAGAUCCAAAGAUGGACGUGACGUAGACGUUCCCAAGGAGUUUACAGUCUAAUGGGGAAGAAAGGCAAGUCCACAAACAACUGUUAUGCUAGGAAGAGUCAGAUGUGUGCGAAGGGAAGUUCUAAGCACAGAGAAAUUUGAGGUGGAGAGUUCCCUUCAGGAAAGAAGGAUGUCCAGGAAUGCUUCUUGGAGGAAAUAGUAUUUCCGGGGAUUUGUCUUUUUCUUAGGCUAUAAGCUCAUCGGGGGUUAGGGCUCUGUCCUGGUCAUUGUUGUGUGUCUCAUGACUCCUUAGUCCAGUGCCUUGCACACAGUGAGCACUGAAUAAAUAUUUAUUGAAUUUUAAAAAGGUCUUUGUCAUACAUUAUUACACCACCAGAUUUUUAAAGGAUUUUUUAAAUGUCAUAAGUGAAGAAAAAUAGAAGCAUCAGAACAAUAAUAAAUUGAGGCUCUUACGAAGAUCAGUAAAGGCCAACAAGAAUUUCUAGGUAACUCUUCUCCUUCAUUGAAUGUGAUAUGACUUGAAUUUCAGUCCAGGAUUGAAAAGGCAGAUUCUCCAACUAUGACCUGCACCCUUGGCAGAGAGUUGCCCAAUCUGGUUUGGGAGAACAACAGAAUGGGUUCAAAUGUCCAUAAUUGCUAAGGUACCCUGCAGCUCAUUUUAUCUCCUUCAUUGCUGCUAUAUUUGGAGUCUAUUGUUUUCACUGUCUUGGUGAAAAAAAAAACAAAAAGAGGUUAAACUUCAGAAUUUCUUUAAUUGUGGCAUCAGACUCCAAGAAUUAGCAGUGGUUGAUAUCAGAUCUGGUUUGAUUGCUCUUAUUCCCCUUGGACAAGUAGGAUAACCUGUAACAACAAAUGAAGUGACUUUUAAUUGGAAAACAUAAAAAUGGACAUUAUUUCCAAGGACUUCUGUAAGAAAUAUCUGUGGAAGAACAUCAGUGACAAAGAACCAUAUGUAAAAAUCAGUGUAAAAAAUUGUGUAACAUUUUUGGAAUUGCAUUGACUUCACCAAUGGUACACUUGUUGUGUUCAGUUCUAUUAUCCAAAAACAAAGACCAAAGAAGGCCAAUCUCAUUUGACUGUGUAUUUCUAAUCUGCCUGUUUUAAAGAUGAUCAUAUGUAGUAACAUUAGCUAUAAGGAUACUUUUUUGGCAGUACAAGUGAUCUGGUAACCAGUGGUUUAUGUACUGUGUUUCUCUGCUCGUCUAGGUUUAAAAGCAAACGAAAAACAAACAAAAAAAAAGAGAGACGAUAUAAUUUAUUGCUCAGCAAUAACCAUGUUGUUGAUAGUCAUUAACAACGUUUUAAUUUUCCAAUAGCAUUAUUAUGUUUUGUAUUUCUGUUUAUUGUAUAUUGUGUGUGGUUUUAUUUGGUAUUUAUUUGUGUUUUGAGGUCUUGCAGUGUCUUUUGUGUUUUUAAUGCUAAGCAAAGUGUGUAAGAGUAUAGAAUGCAAAACUUCAAAAUGCUAAAUUGUCUGUUAUUAGAGAAAAAAUAAAUCUUAAUAAGGAAUUCU